AUGGCAGAUCAUAGUUCGCCCACUUCACCGCCUUCUCUCCGACAGGGGAAGAGGGUGCCCUCCGGCCCUCGUCCUCCCCCGAUGCCUCUACGUGGCUCGCCUACUUCAUCGCGGGUUACAUCAGCUGGCACGAACCCGUCUCUGAGGAAGCAGACCUCGUUCGGCUCACUGAGCAAGUUCAUCUCUACUCCCAGAGAAUCACCCCUCGACUCCAUCAUCGAUGCGGAACAUGUUUAUACUGUCAGUCCCGAGAGCUCGCCUUUGCUCAAGCCAGCUGGAAGCUCCAGCAAGGAUCUUCUACCUAUCGCAUCCCCAGAAACGAUGGUAUCUGAACAGAGAUCCCCUCCAGUCAAAGGAAGACCUCACGCUCAAACGAUCACUGCGCUUCCGAUGAGCCGAGAAACCUCAAAGAAUCGUGCUCAGACAAUGCCAGAUGGUGAUAGACCAAUCACUCCGACAUCGGCAUCAUUCGCAGUCAGUCGUCCAGUUACUCCAACAGGUAUCAAGUCCCCACCCAAGUCAAAAUCUAAACCCAAACCUUCUCGUCUCAAUACAAGCAAUCUAAUGACAUCUACCACUUCUUCACCUACAAAAUUAGUCUCGCCCGGGAUGAAGCAUUGGCAGCAAGUCAGAUCGCAUGUGAUGGCACCUACGCCUGCCGAAGAGAGAUCCUCUCAACAUCAUCAUGUUAGACAUCCAGCUAAGAAGAUGACUGGUUUAGUGUCAAAGGCAGCAGGUAGAUUCGGUUUCAAGCACGCUGCGGAUAAUGUUAUAGGAUAUAACGAUAGGAGACAAUCCAUAAUGGGUAUAUUGUCAGAUUUGAACGAUUUGUCCAAAGAGGAGAAAGAAGCUAUAACGAGGGAAAGGAGGAAAUUUGCUAGAGAUGUGAAAGUCUGCUUGGAUGCUUGUUGUUUAGAGGAAAGUAAGAGAAGAUUAGCAAGGAUAGGUUAUGACAAUAAUUCGAAAUCGAUUUUGGCGACUUACAAUGCAGAAACGAAAUCCAGUGGGAUUACAAUGCACAAUAACGGAUCUAUACAUACUUCCUCUCACAUGCAGAAAUUCACAUUCGAUCCUGAAUUCUCGGCAUUCGCGCCUCUGUUAAUGGAAUUACACAAACAUCUACCCUCUGCAAGAUCAAAGAAACCUUGGUCUAGAACGUGUCCUCAUCAUUCUGCGAUAUUAGCUGAACUGGGUACCGCCUUUUUGCAAGAUUCGACAUCGACCGACGGAGAGAGACAACAGGCUUUAGAGGUAUUUGGGGUAAUAGUGAAAAAUUGGGCUUCGGAUAAUGCAGACGAAGAAUUGGAAAGAUGGUUGUGGCUUUGCAGAGCGUUAUUGGGUAACGAUCGUCAAUUGAGGAAUAGAGGUUUGGCGUUAUUGAACCGAUUUCUACAUCCUGAUUCGAGUUUGCCCAAAGGUUUGGAUAGACCUCAAUCCGCUCUUGCUUUCUUGAGUCUGGCAUGUGCGCUAAUACAACUUCUACAUGCGGUCGAGAUGUCAGGAUACGGUAAUGAAGAUCAUUUACAGAUGGUAAAUGGUUUUCUGGCGGAUCUGAGCGAAGGUGAUAUAAUAACUUUGGAGGAAACGUCUCUGGUAGACCUGUUAGGGUCAUUGGAGCUGGGUGGAUCCCUUGGUGGAGUCGAUAAGGAGUUGGUAUGGAUAGCUGUGGGCAUGAUCAUCGGUACUCAGCCUUCUAUCGCGCCGUGGUUAUUGGUAGAAAAAUGCCAAGUGCUUCAGCGCUUCUACCCCCCACCUCUGCUACAUGCAACUCCUCCCGUGAUCCUGAACCUUCGUUCCCGAUCAUUCUCCCUGUUUUUCACUUCAUACACAUCCCUUAUAUCAGCUUCUCUGGAUGUUCCCCUGGCGACGCGUCUAUGGCGAUCAGCGAGAGACAUGUUGAUCCCGGAGGUAGAGCAUCUACCAGACGAAGAUGGUUCUUUGGCUGUAUCGUUAGCAACAUUCCUCUUUGAGCUCGAAUUGCAAGGUCACAAAUUACAGCCUAGCAAAGUGGAGCAAUCAGACCCGUUCAGGAUCGCUAUGGAACCGGUAAAGGAUGUCAAAAUUGGUGUAACGGAACAUCGAGAUAUGAUAGCGGAAUAUAGUACAAAACAAGAAUGGAAGUCUCAUUUCGAAUUGGCCGCGAAACAAAUCUCGGAUGGACCAGUGGAAGCGGUCUGUAGGAUGGUUCAAUCCUUUCUGCAAAACAAACGUUUCCUGGCUUUGGGGAAAGAAUGUGUUGUUGCUCUCUUCGCGCGCAUCUCAUCAUCUUCCGGGCCUUUACGAGAGGCUCGGCCCUUUCUGAUCUGGCUAUCCAAAUCUCAUCCUCAGCUAUUCUAUAAACCCUUAUUCAGCUGUUCCGCAUCAACUUCCUUGUCGACCCUCCUACCGCAUCUCAGAUUGGUCAGAGCCCUCUCGGAUCUCCUUGGGCCAGCGAGGUACUGGACUCAAGCAGAUCCUCAGAUGGUCGUUAUCGUCCUUAUCGGUGAUGUAGGGCCCAAACAACCUAAAGGGAAGGGGAAAGAAGGUGAAAAAGUCACGGUCAAUGUGAAAUUAGGAAGAUAUGCGGUAUUGGUCGGGUUGAUCGAAGCUCUCGGUCAGGUGGAUGAACCUGCCGGCUCAGGAAGUAGGUUAAGGGCAUUCAUUGAGAAUGUCGAAGCGCGUUUGGCAGCUUUCUUGAAAGCAGAAGAAAAAGACGGCUCGUUGCCUGAAGGAUACAAGGGUUUGAUAUGUCAACUGUUGUUCAGGAUGAGGGAUACUACCAUGUCGAUCAAGAAAUCAACGUGGCUGAAGUCUGUCCUGGCAUGGUUUACGGACCUAGCUGCGUCUGAACCCUAUCGAAAUGCCGAGACAAAGACGGAUGAUGAGCAGCUCCUCACUCUUAAAACCCUUUAUCAAGGUAUGAUAUCGAAUGCAGAUUCUCAAGGUAAAUCGACGCCGAUAAUCAAUUCGCUUCCAAGCAAGUGGACAGGUGGUUCAGCCAGGCGAGAUAGUCUACCUAUUUUGUCAGAGAAAACAAGAGCUAUCUUCGACACGAACUUGGCCAAAAUCGUUCCCUUUUUGCUAGUCACGGUACAUGCAGCAUUAUCAACCGAGGACUGGGAAGCUCUUCUUCCUAAAUUAUGGCAUUAUUACGAUUCUUCUCGCCCAUCGCGAAAGGGAUUGACGUUUCUACUUGAAAAAUGUGCCGAAAGGAUUCCAGGUCAACUUCGGGCGAUCAUGAUCUCGGAUCUCACUAGCAAGGUAGCUAUGCUAUUCGGAUGGCGAUUUCAGGUGCUGGCGCAGCGUAUCCUCACUGAUCGACGUGGACCCGUAUUCCAAUUCACCUCAAAGACCUUGGACUUCGUCGCGACCGAGAUUGGAUCACCAAAUUGGGUGCCACCGCAUGAUGUGCAAGAUGCUGCCUUGAAGAAAUUCGGUCGGACACUUCCCUUAGAACUUCGACAGCGAUUGAUGGAACUAGGAUGGAGUGAAGAUGAAUCUCUACAAGCUAAAUCGGACUGGGAACAGGUCCCCGUAUCAGCCUUACCCGCUUUGCAGUAUCAACAAGAGGGUGUUAAUGUCGAAAGGUCACCCAGUCCCAUGAGAUCCCUCACCAGGAAAGGUUCUAGUGGGUCUGGAAAUUCUGUUACCGGCAAGAGAAGAAAAGCCGUAUUCUCACCUACUCUCCUGGCCAUUAUCAACGAACAAGCUCGAGCACUUGCAGGAGAGAUCGACGGACCGAUCAGUACGACUUCACUGGAAAUUGUGAGAUUGCUUCAGAGGGAUGACCCAACUGGCUUGUUACGGCCCAUCGCAGAAGGUUUCGGAGAUGUUUUCCUCGAUUCGCUCGCUCGACUGAAUUGCAUAUUUGCAACACUCACGCCUGGGUUCGCCUACGCCGCGCUGAACUCUUUAGUGGGUCAUCUGAAAACGGUCCUGCGUAAUAGCCCUCAUUUCGACCAUCACGCUCUAGCAUUAGCUACCAUCUCGCGACUGGUACCGAGUACGAGCGAAUUCUCAUUACGAGACAUAAGGAAGAACAAAGCCGAACAUGUACUCCUUCCCGCAUCGAUUCAUGAAGAUGAAGGUGGUUUCAAGGUACAUGCACCUUGGCGAGAUGGUCAAAUAGACGUGCAGACGGGCCAACUCCUGAUUCUGACAGAGAGUUUACGCGCAAAUCCACGAGAAGUGUACCUGUUCAAGAAGAUGCUAUCGAAUCUGCAGAUCCGAGACUCGAUACCCCACCUUCCCUUCGCUCGAGCUUGGCUGGUCUUGAUUUCGACACUGUUCUCGGCUGUCAAUAGGAAUUACAACGAUCGAGCAGAAUUGCGACAUUUUCUGUCUAACGUCGGUAAUAUACUCCAAAUCCAUGGUCAGAAAGAUCUACUAGUUGCUUCGCACGCUAUGCGAGUGUUUAUGCUCUGUUCCGCCAGAUUCAGGCGACUAUUUGCUUCUAUGGGUUUCUCAACCAUCAUGAGAUCUGUAUACGACACCUAUUCAGGAGGAAGUUCAGCUUUGAAGGAUUGUAUCGAAUACGCUUCGAGGAGUUUCUAUCGGAUACAUCAAGAUUCUUUCGUCUAUCAGACUUGUGUGGUCAUCUCGGAAGGGGAACACGAUCCUUCAGAGGUAUACAUGUUGUUAUCAAGUCUAUCAAGAGGGAAUUCGGAAUCUUCCGGUGUCUCCUCUGGCAUCAAGGAUCUGAACAACCAAGAAGAAAUCGAUGCCUUGGUUCAAAUGUUAUCCGGUCCCGAAAUCGCCUUGUCCGAUUUGGGGCAGGCUUUUUCCGAGAAACACUCGCUCAAGCAAGUCUCAGCAAUUACAUUGGAAGAGACCAUCUUCUCAAAAGAAAACAUCAUCAAGCUUUUCGUCACUGUCAUAGCGGCUAAUCCAGCUACUAGACGGGCAGCGAAUUUCCUCAGAUUACUUUCAGGGCUAGUGCCGCAUAUAUCAGAACAUCCACCGAGUCAAGAAUUGCUCAGAGAAGGAGUAGAAGUACUGGGAUCGGUAAUCCAGAAGGGGAAAACAGGAGAUGAAGCAGCUAUAACGGCCUUCCAUCCUGGGUCCAAUGAGUCCACCUCAGACUGGACAGCCGCACGAAGAGAAUACGUAUUCCUAGUUGAAUCAUUUGCGAGAUCUGGCGGUCAACUGGGUGCUUCAGCUACGAAACGUACUUUGGACAUGGUUCUCGAUCUAUUGAAACGUCAACCUGAAUCUGUUGGUCCGGCCGCAUCGAGUAUUGUCAGCUUCCUUGCCAAGACUCACCUGUCAUCGUCGAAGCCUACACCUUUCUUAAGGGAUAUCGCGCCUUUGUUCAGGAUGUUCAUUGCUGUUGUCGAUUUUUCCGGUGUGUUAGAUUCGAUAACUGCCCUGAUCAAACGGUCUUCCUUCAACCUAGAUGGCGAGAUCACCUCGAUCAUCGUUGAGAACUACGUGGAACCGGCUGUGAGGAUGUUGGCUUCUGCCGCUGAAGAAAGUAUGGCAUUUAUCGUACCACUCCGUUCGAGUGCGGUGAAAUUACUCGCAGCUGCGGUAUUCCUCAGAGGUGACGCUUUAGGUGCUCUCGAACGACAACCACCUUCCGCAAGUUUGUUGGCUUCUUUGGUCUUACCUCUGUGUCUGUUACUGGAACCUCCUGAAGAAGUCGAUCGAGAAGCUGUAUAUGGUAGUCUAUGGAUAAGGUUAUUAGCUUAUGUCUUGAAAUCGCGAGAUCGACAUAAGACCAAAACCGUCAAGACGGUCACCACGAAUCAAGUUAUAGCGGCGACCGUUCUGCUGACUGUACAGAUAGUCAAAAUUAUCUUCAUCCGAGCUUCAGAAAGUAUAUCCUCCAUUAAAGGUUUAUGGACCUAUAUAUCUUCGUAUCUACUACGAGUCAUCGAAGAUGGAGAUGCCUCUUUCGCCGAUUCAUCACUUAUCAACCCUUCGCCCAGAAUCGUAGAUUGGAUAAUGUGGAGUCUAUUCGAAUUGAUUUGUCUGCACAAGAACCCAAUCAUGAUUGAUCUCAGGUACAAACUACAAUUAGUCUUAUUGAACGUACAUGAAGAAGUCGAAAGGUCUGCACCACCUUCACCCAGCCUAGGAGCCGGAGGGAAAUUAUCGAAUCCACCUAUGACAUCGCAAAGCAUGUCAGGUAGAGCCCGGCGAAUCUCAUCUGCUAGAACGCCCUCAGCAUCAUUCGGUCAUUCGAGAUUACCCAGUGCGACUUAUCCUGAUAUGUCAGGAUUUGGAUUAGGUCUAGAUUCUACUCCGGGUCAGGGUCAUGGUCAUUCAAGAACGUCGAGUACGAAGCUUACUCCGGAAUAUAUAAAGAACGGUCAACAUUCCAGAAUGCCAAGUCAAACUCAACAAUUCUUAACUCCUUUCAGUGGCAGUACACCGCCUACGUCCAAUAGAAUCGGAUCACACGGUAGGAUGCCAAGUCAAUCUUCUCUUUCUGGAGGUAAUCAUCAUUCACAAUCGGGAGGAAGUGGUAACGGAGGUAUGGUCAGACCUUCGUUCUCCGCUUUAUCUGCUAGGAGAGUCUCCAGACCUGCUUUCGAAGUUUUCCAGAAUACCUCAGGAGGAGAUACUGGGGCAGGAGGGAUGCAUCGUAGAUUUCCAUCUUCCGCUGGAGACAUCAGAAAUUUAACGAAUGAGAAAAUCGCAAAUGCUAGUAGUAAAGCGAAUGGAGGAGCAAUCGUUCACCUGUUAUCUACACCAAACCAGAUUCUCUCGGCUACCAGUAGCAAUUUCCCUACAUUCUCCCCUUCCCAUAGUCCUAUUUCACCUCAAGGCAAGAACCCCUUGAGAGGAAAUACUCUAAGUGGUGGCGGAGUCAAUGGACGAAGAGGAGAAUCUGCUUUGAGGGAAAUUAGAGUGAAGAAUGAUAAGUUGUGUGAGAUGACUAGGAAGUCAAUGAAGAUGGUUAGGUUGAUCAAUGGGUAUGAGAAUGGUAAUAACGAUGGUGAAAACUUGUUUGGAGAUGAUAAUAACGAAGAUGACGAUAUGAUGAGAAGUUGGAAUGUAUCGGAUGCUCUGAACGUGAUAUCAGAACAAACUAGGAUAUUCGUCGAAGAGGAAUUCAGAGAUCUCUUCUCACCUAUUUCGUCAACUACGUCCCACGAAAUUGGUUUAGGAGAUUUAUCAACUGUCUUAGAUCAUUCUUUGAAUCUCACCGAUGCCCGAAAAUCACAAGAAAAAGAAAAAGAAAAGAGGGAAAGUGGAUAUUCUUUAGCUCCUGAGGGAUAUCAUCUAGAUCCAAACGAACACUAUCAUCAUCAUUCUGGUCCAGGUGAUAUAGCGGAAGAAGAAGAAGAAGAAGAAAAUUUGAAAAUGUUCAAUUUCGGAGGUGCAUUUGGAUUUAAUGAAAAGAGAAGGAAUUCAAGUUUGACUAGGAACAAUAUUCCUUUGUUAUCUGUUUCCGAGAAUUAG